AUCUUUGCUCGCGUCUUCACUAGCUUUUAUUUCAUUAUCCACGCCUUGCCGUUUUUGACACAACAAAAAUGUAUGAGACAAGCUCAUACUUCAAAUUGUUAUUAAGAGCGUAGAAAUGUGGAUCAGCGGUGUCCAUCAGUAUUGCGUUAUAUCACAAGAGAUGGUUAAUUUCUCCUAAGGGCAAAAUCAAGAAAACCAACCGUCGAGUGAUCCACUGAAAAUCUCAAUCCAUGGAACAAGUUUUGACUGAAGACGGUAAAGUGAGAACAAUGAGGAAGACUUCCAGGCGAAGAGGGCCUGGUCGCAGAAGAAAUUUUGUCCAGGAAAAUAUUGCAUUUCUCAAAGAACUGCAAACCACACUACAGGAGAGGAAGACCAAUGCAAAGGCCUCACCAAGAGCUCGCAAACAACGUGCUCAAACUGGUAAACACUCAGCUCGAAAGGGGAAAAAUUCACCUAAAUCUGAGCCUUAUGUGACUGAUGACAAUGUGGGGAACAUUGACAUCAAACUUACUACAGAGGAACAACUUUUACUGAAAGGCUAUGGUUCACUAGCAACGCAAUCUAAUACUGAUUUAUUAUCAAAUUUGUCAUCCACAGAUCAUGAACCAGACAUUGUUGAAACCACUGUAGAAGAUGGAACUGGUGUUGAUAGAACUUCAAAAAAUUCUGAAGAAACCAAAAGUCACAUCUCUCUUGAGAGACAAGAUGCAGUGAGAGGCAUACACUUGAGCAAAGAGACAACCUCCGUAAGGCAGGGCUCGGCUGCUUGUCCUUCGGGGGAGGACUUGACCGACAACUCACUGCCCCACACAUUUAGUGUGACAAAGCAGCCAUCCAUAAAAAUGACUGCAAAAGCAAUGGCUGCAAGAAAGAAAGUACUCGCUCCCUCGACUCCGGACCCUCUGAAGGCACCUCCUUCAUAUAAAAGAGGUGUUGUCCCUAGGUACCUGCGGUCUCAGAAGAAAGAACAACAGAAAGGAGAUGAAGAGUUAUUUGAUUCCCAACAAGGAUACAUUCCUCUCCCAAAUGACACUAGGAAAGAAGUGCUUACAUUGCUCAGGAAAAGUUUUGCCGAUUUGGCUCAUCAGCUAAACAUGCUGCCACUUCGACCGCCAAACCUAGAGAUUCGAGAAAGGAGAAUGGACAUUGAAAAGCAGCUGGAUAAACUAGAAGAAGCAAUUCAAGUAUUUUCUCAGUCUGAAGUAUCUGUGAAACUUGCAUUUCACAAAAGGAGUGCGAAAAGUGUCUGAAUAAAGGAGCAUAGUAUUACCUACAGUUAACAGACAGUUACUGCCUGUCCCAAUCAGGCGAGAAAAACUUAAGAACUGUUGCAUUUUGACAUAUCAAGUAAUCUAUUGUUCCUGUGUCCCCUGUAACCAGUGUCACGAAAGUUCUCAUUGUCUUCACACAAGAUCGAAGUGUGUAUUAUUUUCACAGAAGUAAAAUAAAUGAUUAAUUUUCAUUUUA